AUGGCGUCCACGCCCGCGGGCCUCUACGGCCGCCUGAACAGGACGAGCACGCGCGCGUUCCUCGCCUACGUCGCCGCCGGGGCCGCCUGCGCCGCCGUGCUCGCCUGCUUCGUCGUCUCCUCCGCCGACCCCGCCGCCGCGCCCAAUGGCGCGCCCCGCCUCUCAUCGCGCUCCGCGCGCGUCUGGCCCGAUCUCGAGUUCAACUGGCGGCUGGUGGUGGCCACCGUCGUCGGCUUCCUCGGCUCCGCGUUCGGCACCGUCGGCGGCGUGGGCGGCGGCGGCAUCUUCGUGCCCCUGCUCAACCUCGUCCUCGGCUUCGACACAAAGUCCGCCGCCGCGCUCUCCAAAUGCAUGAUCAUGGGGGCGUCCGCGUCGUCGGUCUGGUACAACCUGCAGGUGUCGCACCCGACCAAGGAGGCGCCGGUGCUCGACUACAAGCUCGCGCUGCUCUUCCAGCCCAUGCUCAUGCUCGGGAUCACCAUCGGCGUCGAGCUCAGCGUCGUCUUCCCCUACUGGCUCAUCACCGUCCUCAUCAUCAUCCUCUUCGUAGGUACUUCCUUGCGAUCGUUCUACAAAGGCAUCCUCAUGUGGAGGGAGGAGACAAGGAUCCUGAUGGAGACCAGGGAGCGAGAAGCCCAGUCCAAGUCUUCUAGUGCCACCAGCGAUGUGGUUCUUGACGCGAGUUAUGCGGAGCCUCUCCUGCCUCAAUCUAAGCCCAUUGAGAAGUCUGGCUUGGAGACUUUGAUGUUCAAUUUGAGGUGGAAGCAUAUCCUAGUGCUACUGGCUGUUUGGUCAUCUUUCUUGGUGCUGCAAAUCCUUAAGAACAACUCCAAAACAUGCAGCACUUUCUACUGGGUGAUCAAUAUCCUGCAGGUCCCAGCUGCAGUAAGUGUUUUCGUGUGGAAAGCGGUUCAGCUGUGCAGGGAGAGCCGUGCUAGACGCAUGAAUGGUAACCUGGAGUGUGUCUGUGAGGCCAAUAUUGAGUGGUCACCGACGCAGCUCAUCUUCUGCGCCUUCUGCGGCCUCCUGGGCGGUACAGUCGGUGGUCUUCUUGGGUCUGGAGGGGGUUUCAUCCUCGGCCCACUACUUCUUGAGCUAGGGUGCAUCCCUCAGGUUGCAAGUGCAACAGCAACAUUUGUGAUGAUGUUCUCCUCGUCCCUGUCUGUGGUCGAGUUCUACUUUCUGGGCAGGUUCCCAAUUCCUUAUGCUCUGUACUUGAUCUUCAUUUCCAUACUGGCUGGAUUCUGGGGCCAGUGCUUGGUCCGGAAGAUCGUGCAUGUGCUCAAGAGAGCGUCGCUGAUCGUCUUCAUCCUCUCCUCCGUCAUCUUCGCCAGUGCUCUUACCAUGGGUGCCGUAUGCUGGAUGUUCUUUUUGUUGGGUCAUGUGCUGGUUAGCUCCUGGUUAACCUGCAGUGAAGCAUUCGUCGUAGGGUUUACGCCGAUUCAUCCAUGCGCUAGCUAG